GAGGAUGUUUCUCCAAGUGUUUUGUGGUGUGUGUGUCUGCUUUUUAGUGGCUGUGUUGUUUAUUUUAGUGUGUGAGCCUUUUAUGGAUCUCGCUCUGUGUGUUUUUGUAUCAGUGUGUUGUUUCAAGUUAUGUGUGUAUUCCAAUGUUUGUCUAUGAGUGUGCCCUUCUUGAUUUUUUUUAAUACGUACCUACGGAUUACGUACACCUACGCGAAAGGUUUUCCUUUCGGGCAACAAAAAAUAUGUUGUUUUCUUUUUUCCUUUUGUUGUUUCUAAGAAAUGUCAGUUUCUAGCAACCAUGCUUCCUCUGUUGAAUAGAUGCUAAGAAAUCGGGAAUCUGUAAACGAACAAGAAAUUAUUUUGUUUCAACAGUCCCGUGCAGAAAAUGUAUUUAAUCUUAGUAUUCAGGUGGUGGCAGAAUGUUGUUUUAUGUAUUUUAAUUUGAUAUUAUUUUUAUUAUACUUCCAGCGACGUCUCCCGACCAUCUUGUCCCGCCCAUCCCGGAAGUGAUUUAAAGACGAGAGCGAUCGCUCACUGCUACGCGCUAAAUUGUCACAUAAAACACAUUGUUAAAUUUCAGAUUUCUAAUACGCUUUGCUUCCCCCCCCCCCCCCCCAUUUAUUUAAAGACACUCUUCUAUCACAAUGUUUCUUUAACCGAUGGGAAUACUCAUCAGGAAUCUUGUGACUGCAAGUCAGUGCACCGCUGCUCUUCGAAAGUUCCCCAAGGUAUGUGCGGGUGUAUAUGAUCUUAAUCCUUUGCGACCUUUGGUUUGUGCAUAUUUGUUUUCCUCUCGUCUUCUUCCACGACCAGAAAAUCAUGUCACGACGGCUAAACGCGAGCAGGACCGAAGGGGUCGACAAAAACGUUUGGGUGGAGUUCACCCAGAUGGCAGCCGAAUACAACCCUGUCAACCUCGGGCAGGGUUUUCCGGACUUCGCCCCUCCGCAAUACAUCCAAGAUGCCUUCUGUGAAGCCUUGCGUGGCGGUCCCUCCAUGCACCAGUACACACGCGCUUUUGGCCAUCCACGUCUGGUAAAUAGUCUAGCCAAAUUCUUCACCGGCAUCGUGGGACACCAUAUCGAUCCCAUGGAGGACGUUUUGGUGACGGUGGGCGCUUACCAGGCGCUCUACUGCGCUUUCCAGGCACUGGUGGAUGAGGGAGAUGAGGUGAUCAUAGUGGAGCCUUUCUUUGACUGCUAUCAGCCCAUGGUCAAGAUGGUGGGCGGGAAGGGGGUUUACAUCCCUCUAAGGCCAAAAGUGGAAGGCGGGGAUGGCGCCAUGUCAAGCGGCGACUGGGUCCUAUCUGCUGACGAGCUGGCCAGUAAAUUUACUCCACGCACCAAAGCAAUCGUCAUCAACACGCCCAACAACCCGAUGGGAAAGGUCUACAAGAGGGAAGAACUGCAAGUGAUCGCCGACCUGUGCAUCAAGCAUGACGUGCUGUGUUUCAGUGAUGAGGUGUACGAGUGGCUCACCUAUGACGGAGCCAAGCAUGUCAAAAUAGCCAGCCUGCCCGGCAUGUGGGAGCGGACCGUAACGGUCGGUAGCGCGGGCAAGACCUUCAGUGCUACGGGAUGGAAGGUGGGCUGGGCGAUUGGUGCUGGACGCCUCCUGAAGCACAUGAAGACCAUCCAUCAGAACAGCGUCUACCACUGUGCCACUGCUGCUCAGGAGGCAGUAGCUCGCGGCUUUGAGCGUGAGCUGGAACUAUUUGGCUCUUCGAAAAGCUACUUCCGUCAGCUGCCGGCAACGGUGAACCGAAAGCGGGAGAAGCUGGCAAUGUGUCUGGAGAGCGUAGGCCUGAAGCCUAUUAUGCCCCAGGGGGGCUACUUCAUGAUAACUGACAUCUCCUCUGUCGAGGUGGAUCUUAAUGACCCAAGUACAAAAGACGAAUCCUACGACUUCAGAUUCGUCAAAUGGCUCAUUAAAGAAAAGGGCUUGGCGACAAUACCAGUGUCAGCCUUCUUUAGUCCGGAGCAUGGCAAAGAUUUUGACAAAUACAUCCGAUUUUGCUUCAUCAAGGAGGACUCCACCCUGGAUGCAGCAGAGGCCAUCCUGAGAAAGUGGAAUACUCCACAUGAUGUUUGAUCUCACUUCCUACACUACCCGUCCAGAUUUCAAUUGAUUCAGUGAACACCAGCCAUAAUGAGCCUCUUUCUAUAUUUAUACAAUUCUGACAAAAGGUUUGGGAUAUUGGAUUCUGGGGUGAAAUUUCAGGCUCAACCAACAGUAAAAUUGACUUAUGUUUACAUACAGUCAGUUAAGGUUCAUCCUGAGAUUUCACUUUAAAGCCCAAUGCCCCAAAUUUAAGGUGUGUCGUGCAUUUAUGCAAAACGUCCUCACUGUCCGAGCCUUUUUUGCCACUAUAGUAGAUUUUGUUUCGUUUGUGUGUCCAUAAAUGUCAUCACUCAGGCUUUGUGAUUUUUUUGUUCGGCUUGGUGGUUUUAUCCCUAGCCAUUUUGACCAUUUCUAAAGUGUCCUUGAGCAAGAUACUGAACCCCCAGUAGUUCCUGAUGCUCCGUCAUCAAUAGGUGAAUGCAUGCAGUAACAGUUAAUGUGGGAGCGGUUUUGAGUACCCAUUAACCAUAAUUUUAACGAACUGUGAAUGAACUAGUUUGAAGUAUUAUUGUAUCCGUCGUCAUUUUGAUUGAAAUGAAAUGCUGUUACCUUUGGGUUUUUAAUUGAUUAAAAUAAAGCAACGUUUAUUGAA